UCUGCUUCUAUUUCUACUUCUAGCCUGUACACUUACUGAAGUGAAAUUCGUAAAUAGAUGAAAAUGACGCAAUUCGGAUUUAAAAUGAUAAUGCUGAAAGCGGCGGUGUCCUUACUUUUAUCAGUAACUGGUGUUCUGGCUGACGUCAACGAAUACCGACUUGUGCGCGAUCUUCUCCGGAGUUACGACAAACGUAUACGCCCGUCUCUUAACGCUAGUCAAGCACUUAACGUUACGUUCGGCUUCUCACUUUCUCAAAUCAUCGACGUGGACGAGAAGAAUCAAAUAAUAACCACCAAUUGUUGGCUCAAUCAGAUGUGGAUUGACUACGGCCUACGUUGGAAGCCGGAGAAGUAUGGCGGCCUUAAGGUGCUUCGUUUACCGCACGAUUCCGUAUGGAAACCAGAUGUCCUCCUUUAUAAUAACGCGGACGUUUCUACAACACACUUUUCCUGGAUCAGUUCAAAUGUGAUAGUUACUGCAGACGGCAACAUAACGUGGUUGUCAAUGGUGAUAUUUAAAAGCUCGUGCGCUAUCAACGUACGGUAUUUCCCAUUCGAUGUCCAAAACUGUUCUAUGCAGUUUGCUUCGUGGACAUAUGACGGCUUUCAAAUCAAUCUACUGAUCACAACGAACGAAGGAGACCUAUCGAACUUUCAUCCUAACAGUGAAUGGGAUUUAUUGAAACUCGACGUCGAACGUAACGUUGUUUACUAUUCAUGCUGCGUGGAACCCUACCCCGAUAUAACUUUCUACAUCUACAUCAAGAGGCGGCCUCUAUUCUAUAUUUUUAAUAUGUUUCUACCCUGCAUCCUCAUCACCCUAGUGGCGCUUUUGGGGUUUUAUAUUCCUAGCGACAGCGGGGAAAAAGUGACCAUGGGAAUCACGACGCUUCUCUCGAUGACCGUUUUUAUGAUGCUUGUUGCGGAGAACAUGCCACCAACUUCAAACGUACUGCCCCUUAUUGGGAUAUAUUACGGCAUUACCAUAUUUAUUGUUUCUACUGCGACUGGGAUGACGGUUGUGACCCUCAAUAUACACCACAAGGGUAACAGCGGUCACGAGGUUCCUAGCGCAAUCAAGAUUAUUUGCUUUGGUGUCUUCUCACAGCUGUUUUGCAUGCCGCUAGGACACAGUUUGAAUCAACAACGCAAGCAUUGGUAUAUGCCGGGAGGGUCAACAAGCGACGGCCAUUACACACGGUUCAAGAUGUCGGGGGAAGAGGAGACGUGUUUAGACUCGGCAAACACGCAGCGAGCUCAAGCAUUUCAGAUACUGAACCAGCUUAAUGAACAUCAUCCGUUCAGUUCACGAGUAAGACCGGACGCCACUCCAACGCCAUCUUGUAAUGGGUUCGCUCCACAUAUGGGUACCACCAGUGCCGGAAGUAGCAGUCAACAAGCAACUCAGAGUAAUUUCCCUUUUUCAAACAUUACGGAAAAUGGCGGGAAUUCUAUUGAAAAUGUUGAAACCUUUUUCAUGAGAGUUUUAACGCGAGUAAAUGCUACAAUUGAGAUGAACGAGAAAAGGAUAGCUGAACAAGACUACAGAGAGAGAAUUAAGUUAGAGUGGCAACAUGUUGCUAGGAUAAUUGAUAGAAUUCUCUUGACAAUUUUUGUGGCUGUGACUUUAACCACAACUUGUGCUGUAAUGUUCCAAGCUGGUGAUUGA